AUGCCGGACCCGGAGGCCUCCCCUUCCUUGUGCUCCUCCUCCUCUUCCGCCUCCGCCCCGUCCCCCGAACCCUCCCCAACGUCCAGCACCUCGGCAACGAUAACGGCUGCUGACGAUGGAAUAUCCUCCACCGCCACCACCGUCACAGUCACAACUACCGCCGCCGCCGCCGCCGCCGCCGCCGCCGCCGCCGGGACAGACAACGGCAUCGGCGGCAGCGAGAGCAGCGGCAACGGCGGCAGCUGCAGCACGGCGGCGGCGGGAGGGCUUCACGGCGGGAGCGUGGUCAGCUGCGGCAACGGCGACGCGGCGACGGCGACGGCGACGGCGACGGCGGCGGCGGCCCGGGUGUCAACGGCGGAGUGCGGAGGCAAGGAAGGGGGUUCGGCGGAUUCGGGGUCGCAAGGCCCGCACUCCGGGAAGAAUAUGCCGGUGCUGGCCCGUCUCGACUCCGCCUGCUGCUCCCCGGCGCAGACGUCUUGCGACGGCGACGACGUCGGCAGCAGCAGCGUCGGCGUUGCGACCCCCGCCGCCUCCACCGCCGCUGACAGUGGCGCCACCGCCGCCGCCGCCGAUGAUGGUGGAGGUGGUGAUGUGUCGGGCCAGCAGCAGGAACAGCAACAGCAGCAGAUGCCACCGCCGUCGCCGCACGCGACCGUCGCCCUCAGAGUGGGUGAGGCAGCGGCGGCGGCAGCGGCAGGUGGCGGCGUGGCGUCGCCGACGAGGUCACUGGCGACUCCUACCUCCGGCGCCCGCAGGCACAGCAGCGGCGCCCCCGGUAGACGCAUCAAGGCCGCGGCGAACGGCUGCAAGAGCAGGAACAGCCUCGGUGCCGGUGACCCCGCUAGCGGCGGCUCUGUUGGUCUCCGUAAGCCUUCGUCGUUUUAUUCCCCCAACGGCGGCGGCGGUCACGGCCACGGCGGCGUCCGUGGCACUGACGGCGCUAGCAGCGGUAGCGGUACUGCUGUUGGAGGGACGACUUCCGGUCUCCGCCGGCCGUCGUCCUUCUACUCCCCCGGGGGAAAGCCGUUGCGCUCCAGGGCGACCUCGAUCGGAUCGACGGCGGCGGCAACCCCAACGGCAACGCCAACAUCAACGCCAACCGCAGCAACGACGUCGAUGCCACGACCAUCGACUCAACCGGCAGCAGUAGCGACUCAGAGGGGGGCGACAGCAGGAGCGUACACUACCCCCGCGACCCCAUCCCCGUCUCCCCUCUAUCGGGUCCGGGACAUCGAGCCGACCCCCACCAUCACGGCAAUUCCUCCGACGACGGCACGCGCGCCCUCGUUUGACGGCGGCGCCGCCGCCGCGGCCGCGGCGGCGGGGGCGGCGGCGGGGGCGGGGGGGGUGACAUAUCGCUCCGCCUGGUCGCCGACCUCGUCCAUCUCGUCGUCGACCACCAUCACUACCCCGAGGUCGGCGAUCAUGAGCACCCCGCGGUCGUUCGGCGGCCUCGGCAGCAGCAGCAGCAGCAGCAGGCCUUACGCGCCGCCGCCGUACGGCAGCAACGGCGGCGGAACCGGAAUCGGGACCGGAAACGGAACCGGAACCGGAACCACGGCGGCCGCCGACCAUGAAGGCAGGAUCACGGUGGCGUGCCGCGUGAAGCCCCGGCAGCGACGGCCAUCAGGCGGAGACGGCGGCGGCAGCGGCGGCGGCGGUGGCGGCGGCCGCAACGAGGGGGUGCGAGGCCUCGGAGCGGGAUCCUCGCCCUCUCCUUCGUCCCCGUCUUGCUCUUCUCGUUCUUCCUCGUGCUACUCGGCUUCGCCGGCGUGCGCGUCGGUGGGUCCGGACGAGAGGACGGUGGCGUGGGCCGGGGAGAGGGCGGACGGCGUCGGAGCGAAGCACUUCACGUUCGACUACGCCGCGGGGGAAGGGGUGGGCCAGGAGGAGCUGUUCGAGAAGAUCGGGCGGCCUGUCACCAACGCCUGCCUGGAGGGCUUCAAUGGCACCAUCUUCUGCUACGGGCAGACGGGCUCCGGAAAAACCUUCACAACCUUUGGUCCCCCGGACGACGUCGUCAAUGGUAUCAGCGGCGGCGGCGACGGAAGCAGCAGCAGCAGCAGAAGCAGAAGCGGAAGCCCCGGCGAGAGGGGGCUACGCGAAUCAUUCGAGUCUCAUUCUCCGGGGGGGGAGGGGGUCGACAGGAGUGGUAGUAGUAGAACGUCCCCAGGAGGAGAUAAAAACGGAGCGUCCCCGGAUAGAAACGGAGCGUCCCCGGGAGGGGACGGGGAUGGGCCGUCCCCCGAGGGCAAGACGACGAAGAGGAAGCAGAAGCAGCAGCAGCAGCAGCAGCAGCAGCGGGUGGUGGCGGAGGCGGAGGGGGCGCGCGCUCUGGCGACGGGGGAAAACCGGGGUUUAGUUCCCAGAGUGCUGGAGUACCUCUUCGAUCGGUUUUCGGCUUCGGACGCGGGGCAUCCCUCCUCGCAGCAGCCGGGCGGCGAGGGAUCGAGACCUCCUGCGCCUUCGGAGAUCCACGUCUGUCGGUGCUCCUUCUACGAGAUCUACAACGAACAGGUUUACGACUUGACUGUGCCAGACGAGGACAGGGUGCCUCUCAACGUUAGGGAGGCCGCUGACAAGGGUAUUUUCCUGGAAGGCUUGUCGGAGGCGGAGGUGACGAGCGCCGAGGAUGCGUGCAAGGUCCUCAUGAGGGGCUACGCCUCGAGGCACACUGCCUCCACGGCUAUGAACUCCGCGUCUUCGAGAUCCCACGCGGUGUUCACGCUGGUGAUAGAUACCGCGGUGCAGAUGGUCUUGCCGGUCGCCGCCGAAGGGGGUUCGGCGGGAUCGGAGGGGGCGCCGGGGACGGGGGGGGAGGGUGUCGGAGCGGGAGGCAACGUGAGGGUGCGAUCGGCGAGGUUUAACCUUGUCGAUUUGGCGGGAAGCGAGCGGCAGGGGCGGACUCACGUAAAGGGGAAGCAGCUCAAGGACGCCUCGAGCAUCAACAAGUCGCUGUCUGCGCUAGGGCGAGUCAUCAACUCCCUCGUAGAAGGUGCCGGCGCUGGACACGUGCCCUACCGCGACUCGAAGCUGACCCGUUUGAUGGCGCAUUCCCUGGGAGGCAACAGCAAGACAGUGCUCGUUGCGACGGUCUCGGCAGGCGUGCCGAAUGCCGGGGAGACGCUCUCCACGCUCAAGUUUGUGCAAAGGGCCAAGAACAUCAAGAAUCGGGUGGUCCGCAACGAAGCCACACACGGCGGCUCCCUUGCCCUGCGUGAGGAGAACGAAGGCCUACGGAAGCUAGUGGCCGACCAGGGCCACUUCCUGUCCGAGGUGAAGUCUCAGCUGAGAGAGGCGGACACGCUUCAGACGCGGCUCUCCAUGGAGGUGGUUUCGUUGAGGCAGGAGGCGCGGCAGCACAGGGAUACCGCCCUUGAGGCUACGGAGCUGCUAAGCGAGCGGCAGGCCAAGCUCGAAGAGUUACAGCGGGCCUUGGAAGUGAAAGAGCACGAGCUCGCUAUGGUUGUCGCCGCCUCUCCCCGGAGGAAGCGGGGGCCCCGCUGGUCGAAUCCGGGCCCGGGGUCGACAGGGUCAUCAUCAGCGACGCCGGGGGGUGAUGACGACCAACACGAAAACGAUACUGCCGAAGGCGGCGGCGGCGGCGGCGGCGGUGGGAAGAGAGACGUGAGGCUGAGGAUGAAGCGGAAGACGCUGGGUGCCGCCGUCGCCGCGGCCAGGCGGAGGAACAACCGUCGCCGGCGGUCCACCGGCGACGUGCUCGGAGACUGCGUCACCCCCGGCGGCCACCGCCUACGCAUGAUGGAUUCACGCCGUUUCGACAACACCGGCGGCGCCGGCGCCGGCCCGCUCUCCGCAAUCACGCAAUCGCCGCCAUCGGGGCCGGGAAAGUUUUCGACUUUACCGGUAGGCGGCGCCGGCGGCGGCUUGUUUGCUAUCGGCUUCGGUAGCGGCGGCGGUGAGACUGACGGCGUUGGCGGGGGUAAUAGCUUCUUUGGCAACGGCUUCGGCAGCAGCGGCGUCAAGGCUGACGGCGCUAGCGGCGGUGGCGGCUUUUUUGGCAACGGCUUCAGCAACAGCGGCGUCAUGGCUGACUUCGUCAGCGGCGAUAAGACCGACGGCACCAGCGGGAGCAGCGGCUUCUUUGCUAACGGCUUCAGCAGUGGCGUCAAGACCGACGGCAUUAGCGUCGGUGCCGGCGGUGGUGGCGGCUUCUUUGCUAACGGACUCGGCAGCGGCGGCGGCGGCAGCGUCGUUAGCGGGUUUGGCGUCGCCAGCGCCGGCAGCGGCUUCUUUGCGAACGGCUUCGGCAACGGCGUAAAGGUUAACGGGGUCAACGGCAUUAGCGGCGCUAGUGGUGGCAGCGUAUUCGGUCAGGACGGGGAGGUAGAUAAAUAUUGCAGCGACGGUGCCUCCGUCUCCCCCGCCGCCGCCACCGAGGAGAAGGCAAAGCGAGAGGACUACAGCGGCAGCGGCGCAACCGACGAGAAGGGCAAGGAAAAGGAUUACAACGGCGAGGACGACGACGGCGAUCACGAGAGCUCUGACGUGCUCGGAGACCGGCGUCGCGAACAAGACAACUCCGCCGCCGCCGCCGCUGAGCAGAAGAAGGACGGGGACAAAGAUGGCGAAGACAAAGACGAAGACGAAGACGAUAAUGACGAAAGCUCCGAUGUGCUCGGAGACCUGCGUCGGCGCGAGGAUGCGAAGGACGCGAAGCAGAAGAACAACAAGCGCGGCGGCCGAUCGUCGUCUUCGUUGACGACGACGCCGUCGCCGCUCUCCGUCCUGGAGAAGGACAAAGGCGAGGUCUUCGUCCCCGCCUCUCAGGCCCCGUCCCUAUCGACCCAAUACUCCCCGUUCAGCGUCGACGGCGACGACGACGACGAGGACGGGGACGACGUCUACGAACAAAAGGAGGCGGACUGCGCCCCCGAGACAGCGGGGGCGGGCGGCGCCAACAACAGCGGCGACGAAGGGGGGUUCCGCAGUGUCAACCCCAUGCUUAGGGGGGGUGCUGGUCCUCGGGAAGGAGCCGGCAGUAUCAGCAGCAGCAGCGGUAGCCUUAGCAGCAGCGGCAGCCUUAGCAGCAGCGGCGUCGCCGGCGUCGAUCUGCUCCCCGCCGCCUGUAGCGCUAGCCGCUUCUUCGACCAAAACGUCGGCAGGACGGUGAUGAGGGGCGACGGGAGCCCGCUCACGUCGGAGGAGGUGGCCUCCGCGCUGGCAGCAGCAACGGCGGCCGUGUUGCCGAAGGGGAGGAAGCAGAGGGAGGUCACGGCGACGGUCACCGGAGCCGGAGCCGGCGGCGGUGGCGGUAGUGAUGGCGCCGAUGGCAGCAGGAACGAGGGCCUGGAAGACCCCGCCGUCGAUGCUGCUGGUGCUGCUGGUGCCGGAGAAACGGCUAGCGGCAUGGCCGCGGCUUCGGGGCUGAACGCGGUGGUGGCGGCGGCAGGGCAGGGGACGGAGGCCCGUGAGGGCUCAGAUAUAACCAGCAGCAGCAGCAGCAACAGCAGUGGUGGUGGUGGUGGUGGUGCUGCUGCUGCUGCUGCUGAUGAUGAUGAUGGCAGCGACAGCGGCGGCCACAGCGGCGGUGCCGGUUCGGGUGGUUUGGCCGAAGGGUCGGGAGGAGAUUACGCCGCUUUCGUCGGCGCGCUCGUUCGGCCGGGGACCGUGAGCGCUCGAACCGCCGAGGCUGAAUCGAGACAGAAACAAGAAUCCACCGCCGCCGCCGCUGGCGCUACCGCCGCUGGCGCUACCGCCGCUGCCGCCGGUGCUCCUGCCGCCGCUACCGUAGCUGGUGACGACGGAGACGGUGGCGGUCACGAAGGCAGCGGUGGUGGUCCUGACCCUGCCGCUCCUAACGGUGACGGUACUGCCGCGUCAAGCGGUAGUGGUUGUGCCGCAUUUAGCGGUGCCGGUUCUGCCGUGCCUGGCGCCGCCGAGGUGGGGCUGCUGCCGUCGAACGCGUCGGGGGUGAAUCCGGCGCGGUGGGCGGGGGCGAUACCGCUGCCCGGCCUGGUUGCGGCCGCUACUGGCGGCGCAGGCGGCGGCGGAGCGGCGGCGUCUGUUUGUCGGCCGCUUUCCCCGGGUAGACCGGGAGGAAACAACAGCAACGACGACAGCGAUGACAAGAGCGAUGGCAACGACGAUGACAGCAGCGAUGGCAACGACGAUGACGGCAGCGAUGGCAGCGGCAGGUUAGACGAAGAUGACACCCGGAGCAGAAGCAGCAGCCGCGGUCGCCCUCUAGGAGCGGUGGCAAGACCUGCCGCCGCGCCAGGACCCCGAAGGACGAGUUGGGAGGACACGGAGGAGGAUUCUUCCACCGAUGGCGCUGAGGGGGAAGAGUGCGACCCAACAACACCAGGAUCGCCAGCACCAGCACCGGCAUGGAUGGGCGGAUCGACCGCGGCAUUGGCGCCGAGGGGCCCAAUGAAUGCGAAAGGGGUUCCGACGAAUGGAACAAGGGGGGUAGCGACACGACGCGAGAACGGCUUUCAGCGACGGGAGAGCGGCUUGGAGAGUGCCUUGAGUGAGGAUGAGAGGGGGGGCACCGCCACCGCCGCCGCCGCUGCAGCCGCCGGAGGGGAGGGGUCUGCGGGGGGGGGGCGGGGCGAGAGUGCGGUUGCUCUGCUGGCGAGCGUUGUCGCCAUGCUCAGAGAGCAGAGCGAUGCGAGAGACGCGAUGGCUGAGCCAUGCCUGCGGCGGUCACUCGAAAUCCACGAGAAGUUGCUGGGACCCGACCACCCGGAAGUGGCGACGGAUCUCUCCAACCUGGCCGAGGUGCUCCAGGAUAAUGGAGAGAUCGAGCACGCCGAGCCGCUUCACCGCCGCGCGCUGGAGAUACGCCUCGAGCGCCUGGGUUCCGACCACAAGGACGUGGCGUUCAGCCUCCACAACCUCUCUCUCGUGUACAGCUCCCGGGGGGACGACGAGGAGGCCGGGCGCUACAUGUCCAGGGCCAACAAGAUCUGGGAGAUGGCCUACGCGAAGCCGCCUGGCGAUGGCGACGAUGCGUCUGCCGCUUCUGCUGUCAGUGCCGACGCCGGUGCUGAUGGCGGUGAAGGUGCUGCUGCUGACGAGGCCCGUGCUUCGCGGACGCCAAGCGGUAGCUCGUCGUCGUGUUCAGCGUCGGAGUCGUCUUCGCGGAGCGGGGAGGUGAUCUUGAGCCCUGCCGCCGCCGCCGCCGCCGCCGCCGCUGAUGCAGGGUGGACGGGGGUGAUGGGGUCGAUGUUUGGCGGUAGCAGCAGCGGCUCGGGUUUCUUCUCUACAGCGCCAUCAAGCGUAGAGCGGGCGCGGCGUUCCCUCUGCGGGGAGAACAAGGUCGGGUGCACCACUUCGUGACGUGACUUGACUUGACUGACUGGCUGUCACCUGAACAAUGCUUUUCCUCGGUAACAGAGAAUGUUUUGCGGGGGAGAAUAAGGCGGGGUGCGCCAACUCGAGUGACCGACUGACUGGCUGACUUUCUGUAACCGAAAAAAAUUUAGUUUUGUAGUUUUUUGUGGG